GCGCCGAAGAAGGGAUCGGAGACACGCAGAGCCUGCCUCAAGACAAUCACCCACCUCAAGCCGCGUCAAAACCGCACCGUAUAUAUGGCGCCCAGCCCACAGGGACGGUGCCGACCACCAGAUGGAAACAAACUUCCCCACCAUAAGCCG